UGCUUGCAAGCAUGUUGAGCAUUGACUGGGAAGGCGCACAGUUUAUUGAGAAGAAAAUAAACGUAUUCUUUCUUUACUCGACCACAUAUAUAAUUAUAUACUCUAUUUAUCAAAGCAGCUGGACAUGGUUAGAUGUCUGAACAUUUACACCAAUUAUAAUUCUUUCGCGGGAUAUAACACCCCGUUCAUGAACCAGUGUCUCCCCAUAAUAGUACUUCAGGCUGCAACGUCUUAAUCUUGUCAUCAAGACUAAGAAACUGUUCGUUGCAAAAGAUAGCUGUUUUAAUUCAGUAAAGGAUUGCAAUCUAAAGUAAAAACCUAUUAAAAAGGUACUACACCCCCGCAUUCAGAAAAGGAAAAAAUGCGCUGAGCAUUACCUGAUUGUCAUUUGUAGGCGCUUUUCGGUUUGGAAACGACCUACAGUAGCUGUACGUGAAUGAAUUGAACUCAAAACUGGGAGGUGUUUUGAAACCGUCAUUCCACGAGAUAUUACAACUGCAAUGAUUCUGAGAUGAUAUUUGAGAAGUCAACACAGUUGUUUAACAAAUUUUAAAGAUUCUGAAGACUUUUAUGACUACAACAACCCAGUAUUAGCAAAUUUCUUGUCUGAAAAAUUUGAAUCAUAAGAAGAGAUGUGUUAUACCAUCAAAGGAUUCCUUGUUACUUUCUUCUUGCUCCUUCCUACGGUAUCUGCUAUGCAUUCAGACUGUGUGAUUAAGAGAGAACAAGAAGAGUGCUUGGAAAAAAUCAGGCAAGAAAACACCAUUAGUGACCCUACUUUUGGAUGUCCUGGGAUGUGGGACAAUAUUACCUGCUGGCAGCCUGCUAUGGUUGGACAAGUGGUCAGUGUCCACUGCCCAGCAUUAUUUCAAAUCAUAAACUCUGAAGAUGAUUUGGGAAAAAUUAGCAGGAACUGCACUGAAGAUGGCUGGUCUGAGCCUUUCCCACAUUACUAUGAUGCCUGUCUCAUUGAAUUUAAUGAAAAUGCAACUAAACCAGAUAUGUACUAUGCGUCAGUCAAAGCCCUGUAUACAGUGGGAUACAGCACAUCUCUUGUCUCUCUUACUACUGCAAUGGUAAUACUUUGUCGUUUUAGAAAACUUCACUGCACCAGGAAUUUCAUUCACAUGAACCUAUUUGUGUCUUUCAUUUUACGUGCCAUAUCAGUAUUUAUUAAAGAUGCUGUACUCUAUGCUGAAGAAGACUCCCAGCACUGUCCAAUUUCUACAGUCGAAUGUAAAGCUGUGAUGGUUUUCUUCCAUUACUGCGUCAUGUCAAACUAUUUCUGGCUGUUUAUUGAAGGACUUUAUCUUUUUACUUUGCUGGUGGAGACCUUCUUUCCUGAGAGAAGAUAUUUUUAUUGGUAUACAAUCAUUGGAUGGGGCACACCUACAGUAUGUGUUACAAUAUGGGCAGUACUCAGACUUCAUUUUGAUGACACUGGGUGCUGGGAUAUGAAUGACAACACUGCUCUCUGGUGGGUGAUUAAAGGGCCUGUUGUGGCAUCAAUUAUGAUAAACUUUGUCCUCUUCAUUGGAAUUAUAAUUAUCCUUGUGCAAAAACUACAGUCACCUGACAUUGGAGGGAAUGAGUCCAGUAUUUACUUCAGCUGCGUUCAGAAAUGCUACUGUAAGCCUAAGAGGGCUAACCAUCAUUCUUGCAAGAUGUCAGAACUAUCUACCAUUACUCUGAGACUAGCCCGUUCAACUCUGCUUUUGAUCCCUUUGUUUGGAAUUCACUACACUGUGUUUGCCUUUUCUCCUGAAGAUGUCAGUAAGAGGGAAAGGCUUGUGUUUGAAUUGGGCCUGGGAUCUUUUCAGGGUUUUGUUGUGGCAGUUCUAUACUGCUUUUUGAAUGGAGAGUUUCUCCCUAAAGGUGCAGUCGGAAAUAAAGAGGAAAUGGAGGAGCUGGACAGUCAACCGGUACUUUGCUGUGGAUUUGAAACAUCGUCAUCCAUCACUGGCGAGCAGCGGAGUGAACGGGGGGACGCAACUGUCCAUUCUGAGCAAGAGCAGCUCUCAGAUUCGGAUGUCGAGCAUAAAUGCGGAGAACCUGGCGACAUGAAGUGCUAAAUGACAUCUGUCAGUAUGUUCUGAGAGAAAAGUACAAGCAGGUGGCACUACAUUCCUGGUGCCUCAAGAGUGAAAAUGACAAAUAAAGGAAAGCAUGGAUAUUUCUUGUAUAUACCAUACCACUGAAAGAUCCAUCUCAUUUAAUGCAACUGUGUACAGCAGAUCAUUACAUUCAUUUACUUUAAAGCAAUUCACAGUGUCUUUAAGUGUUUAAAACUCUAGCUUAUAUUCACCCUUCUUGGCCAGAAUCAAAACAUCUAGAACAUUUGUAAGGAAGUAAAUGACACAAGAAAGAAAUGUGUUGUACACGUUUAGAGAAAAAUAAGUAAAUUAACUUCUAGUCUGAAAAUAACUGGUUAUUAAACCAUUUUCAGCUGCAAAAAUUCCAUUUACAGAAUCACAGCACAGGAGAUUAGCUGAAAUGAAACACCUGUAAAUAAUCACUCAUCCAAUAUAAUUAGCUAAUUACAGGGUUCUGUUAACUUCAUCAAUACAUUUAUAAGUUCUUGACAGCCAUUCCAUUACAUUCAAUGUUAUUUUACAGACCCCUUCAGCAAAUAUGUGAAUGGUUAAAGACUUUACUGUGAACAGAAAGGCCAUACUAGAUGUGUUUCACAAGCUGGGAUAUGACACAAAAAAACAAUGAAUGAUUUGUACUGUAGGUCAAAAAGAAUAUUAAAAGCACGGAUAAACUCACUGUGAUCAAGAUAUGAAAUAUUUCACAGGAUACAAAGGACACAAUUUUAGACAUAAAAAAUACACACAGAGAAAUAUUGUUGCUAAAAAAAAAAUCAAAAUAUGAGUAGUUCUUUCCAGGAGUACAAGAGGAUUUAAUUGGCUGUAAAAAAGCCAUAAACCUGGAGGAAUUCAGCCAGGAUUAUGAGUGAAAUGCAAAUUAACAGGUGAACUGCUAAUCUUUGAUCAAAUGCUAAUUUGGAGUGCUGUUCAGAGUUCAUAGAUAACACUGGUUUUAGGAAGGUAUUGUGUCUAGUUUCGGACAGAGUUAUUCAGAGGAAAUUAAAAAAAUAUUACCCUCAUGACUAAGAAACAUGAGUGUCAUGUAUAUACAGUACAGUAUAUAAUGUAGGUUUGUUGUUGUUUUUUUUCUUUGUGAUAUUUUGUGAAAUUCACGUGAUAAUCCUAUUUUACAUUGAAAAUGCUACUGGAGUCCAAUCUGUAGAGUCUUUAUUUGGUGUUCUAAAACAAAAUGUGUUUUAAUACAUUUUUAAAAUGUAAUAUAUUCAUAUUAUUUUUAGAUUAUUAAAGAGGCAUCACUACAUAAAUGUGCAUUUAAUAGCUGAUUAAAUAGUCUCUUGAAUUGAUUUAAGGAGCCUCUACUUCUAAAAAAUAGUAUUGCACUACUUCAGGUGAAAAUUGUAUUCAUUUGCUUUGCUUUAUCACAAUAAUAUGCACAAUUGCAAGUUGCUUCACAGGUAUUACUUUAGCUUUUCAGAACCCCUUAUGUAUUCAGUGUAUAGAUUGCAAUUGUUUAAGUACUCAAAUAUACUUGUGCAAAGGCCAUCAGAACACUGCUUUAGUUUAAACUACUCCAAAGAUUUAAAACAAAUCUGAUAAUUUCUUAUGUUGUAUAAUACCACUGUUUUCGGUUUGCAGGUUGCAACCUAUAAAAAUUUAACAAUUGAUGUCAAUCCAGAAUCUUCUUUCUACCGAUUAUUCUCUACAGAUUUGCUUUUAUGAAAUAUCAGUUCCAAAGUGCCUUUUAGAGUAAAUCAUAAACAGUAUUCAUUUAUUUGAAUUAGAAUUUCAAAUAAAUAUUUUUUAUUUCAGGAAGAAAACAAGAUCUCAUAUAAAAACAUCUUUCUAUAUUACAAAAGUGCUUUUAUUAUGCUUAAUCAAUGCUAUAAACCAAGAGGCCUUUAAAGUAUUUUAGCUGAUUUUGGUUAUGGCUGAAUACCUUUUUUUGAUCUUAUAUUAUUUUUUAUCUUCCUUGCUGAAGAUGAAACUGAUGGAAAUCUUUGACCAAAAUCUCAAUAUUCAUACUAUUGUUUUUCAAAUGGUCUCAUUUUAGCAUUUAAUGUAUUUCAUUUUGCAAGGUGCUCUUGAACAGUGGUGGUCUUUUUAUUACUGAUGGUAAUAAUCACAACAAUAAAGAUGUUUUAUACAUACUGAGAAUAAGACACCUGUAUAUACAUUAAAUCAAUGAUAAUCUUGGAAGUAGUCUUAAAUACUAUAUUAUUUAUCAUAUUAAAUGCAUGUUUAUUGUUUUCAUGUUCCUAUAACUUAGUCUGCUUUAUGGCUUCCUGUUUCUUUAGUUUUAUUUGAAAUAAUUUAAUUAAAAUAAAAUUCAGUCUCUGCUAAAUUAUAUUUUCUCUUGGAAACCCAUAGUUGAGUUUAAAGGACCUUUAAAGAAAUUUCAUUUAGUAAUGAAGAACAGUGUAAAACCCUAUUUGCUGCGUGCAGUUAAAACUGUAUCUUUUACACUGUCAAUUCUGGAAUUAAAAAUGUUGGGAAAGGUGGAAAAUAUUUUUUUCUUCAAAGCAUAAGUAAAGCAACUUUGAUUUUCUUUAUUCAUUUUGUUGUAUUUUGUGAUGGAUAAAAUGCAGGCGGUGAAUUCUAUGUUACACAUAGUCUUUAAUACUGAAUGUGGUUUUAUUAUAAGUAGUAUUCACACAGAUUCACAAAAAAAAUAUUAGGAAUAAUUUUUUAAGGAACAGAUACUUCCAUUGAAUUUACUAGAUGACUUGCAGCACUUAGUUUCUUGUAUAUAUUUCUCCAUUUAAUGUUGCCCUGCACAGUAUUUGCACUCAUUCCCUGAUACCUGAAGUUAACACUCACCUAUGGAAUUUAAAGCUGUUUCCCCCAUGUGUCAUAGAAGGCUACGCAUAUCUUUACUGGUUACUUCUCAUACUACUAGUUUGCAAGAUAAAACUGCAUUGAAUUAUUAUCCUAAUGGCACAAAAAAAACUAAUCUGAUGAAAAUAUCUAAUAUCAAAAGUCUAUUUUGACUUCAUUUAAUUGACACUUGUUUAUUCUGCUAAUAGAGACCUUCUUAGAGACCCCCUUGUGCAUGUAUUAACUUCUCCUUCUAAAUAUAUUAAAUGUGGAUCAGAGCUUUGAAAAGAUAGCAAAUUAUCCUGAUUAAUUAUUGUAUAAACUAUAGUACAUAAUUGGAAAAACAAAAAAGUGAAUAUUCCGAGUACUGUAUUUUACAUCUGACACUCAGCUUGUAUGAAGGAAUAAUCACUAUAUUUAUAAUGAUUGUGCUUAAAGGAACUAAGCACAGUCAUCAAGAAGCUUAUACUAAGAUAAAAAGGCAAUUCUGCGAAUGUGUUGCUUAGAAAUAAAACUUAAUCUACCGUAUUUGUCUGAAUUUUGAAUUAUCUUGAAUACAGAACAGAAUAAGUUCCAAUUCACAAAAUGCAUUUACGAAGGCACAACCAAUUUGUAUGAUAAAAAUUGAGAACUAGAAAAACAACAUAUUUGUUGUGCUUUUUCUCAUACUAACACAAAGAGGAAAAAAAAACACUACAGAAUCACACCAGAACCAAAGAUGGUCAAGAAA